AUGAAAAAGCGUUUAGUUUUGAGCAUAAUUUGCGAAAAGUAUUGUCUGCGGAUUCCAAUCAAGAACUGUCAUCGUCGACACAUUCUUCCUAAUAAGUGUGGUCUUCAUACGUGGUUCAUUGCCGCUGACAUGCAAUUUCAUUGGAUUUCACUCAUCGUUAUGAUAGCAUUGCAUCAAAGGUUUAACAAAUGUUUAAUCUGGGCGUCAAUUCUGGUCAGUUAUAUCUUCAUACUUUACGACAGUAUGUUUUGGGCUUAUGGCCAAACAUAUGGACAGACAUUCACACCAGCCAUGUCUGCCUUACUGUACCCCUUAAAGAAGGUGUUGUGGGCCCUAAACCUGACUGCAAUCAUAUGGAUGUGUAUCACAGGAAACGCCACUUUUAUCAAUCGUUUUUUGUCAUACAAGGCUUUCAUCCCUUUAUCACGUCUAACUUACUCCGUAUAUCUAACCCACGCGUGGAUUGUAUGGAUCUAUUGGGGAUCCAAACGAGAUCUCAUUGAUAUGAAGAACUUUACCAUUCUUUCGCUUACAUCGAGUGUUAUUCUCAUAUCAUUUUGUAUGAGUAUUGUGUUCUCAAUGCUAUUCGAGGCGCCAUUCUUUGCACUUCAGGGACAAUCGCUUAACGCCUCAAAUAAUAAUAACGAUUCUCACGAAAUGGAUGUUAAUUAUUAA